AUGGCUAAUACUGCCUCCGCCGUCAAAGAAGCUGAUAACCAACAGCACAAGAAAUCUUCUGGCAAGGUUGGCUCAGCCUUCCGCAAAGUGGGUAGAUAUCUGAAAGAUCAAGCUACAGAACAAUCCCACUCAGCUCUAUACCUAUCGCCUCCAAGUCGUGAACCACAGAACGCGAUCAGGUAUCCUUCGCAGACCAACCAUCAACACUUUGAUGAAAAGGAAGACGAUUUAGUCAAGAAAAUUCUUGUCCUGGAUGGAGCAGGGUACUCCCUUGGAUCGGCACCACCAGCAUACACGCCUACUUUGUCGCCUUUCGCAAAUGGCAUGAUGGACGCCAGCGGUACUGAUCUCUUCCGAGACGUGAGGCGUCAUCAAUAUGCCAGCGACAACAUCCUUCAGUCUUACGAUGUGCUUCGACCACAGCGCGACGGCAGUGAUUCUAAUGGCGAAGACAAAGACAAAUACUGGCUAGUCUACAUUCACGGCGGCUAUUUCCGCGACCCCAAGGUCGACAGUACAUCCUUCAGACCCGCUAUCAUACUCCUCGAGGAGGCAAACUCCCACUCCCAACCACAACCACGCUCCAAUUCAAGCACAACAACACACUCCCAGCUCUCAACGACAGCCACCGAUACCAUCGCCGGCUACGUAUCCCUCAACUACCGCCUUUCUCCCCAUCCAGCAUACCCACAAGACCCCCAGAGCACACCCAGCUACACCCUCAACAACGCACGCUGGCCCAAUCAGCCCAACGACAUCCUCCUCGCCCUCCAGCACCUACACAAAACAUACCCAGGCUCAACACGGUACAUCCUAGUCGGACACUCAGUCGGCGCAACCCUCGCAUUCAUCGCCGCACUACAAGCCUCUGAACACACAAUCGCACCGCCAUGUGCCGUGUUGGGAGUCAGUGGAAUCUACGAUUAUCCACUAAUUCACAGGACGAACCCAGGAUACGAGGAUAUGACGAGGAACGCCAUGAGUCCGGAAACAUACGAGGAGGCGAGUCCAGCACUAUAUCCUCUACACGAGUACAGAAAGCGAUGGAUAGAAGUGGAAGAUAGUCGCAACGACAAGCCGAGGAGAAAAGUAGUAGUCCUAGCACAUAGUAGAGACGAUGGACUAGUAAGUUGGGAUCAGGUCGAGGAGAUGAGAAAGGUCUUCAAUAGAGACGGCGCAGAGGAUGACUGCAGGUGCGAACUCGUAGAGUUGAAAGGAAAACAUAAUCAGAUAUGGGAGGAGGGGAUAGAGCUGGUGUGGGCGAUUACGAGGACAGUGGAUUUGUUGCGUUCAUAG